UGCGCAUUUGCCCCGCAUCAAGAGGAUUCCCAUCGGUUCCGGGGUGCGCCUUUUCAAUGCGCUCCUCGUUUUUUUUCCUCCAUCCUUCUUCCGCCUCUGCGCUCUCGUCGAUCCCCUUUUGCUCGAUUGCGUCUCUGCCAUGAUCCCAACGGGGGAUUCCACGCCUGAAACCGACGGGGCGACCGAACGGAGGAAGAAGUCCAAGAAACCCAAUUAUUCACGAUUUACACAACAGGAGCUUCCUGCUUGCAAACCUCUAUUAACCCCGACAAUUGUAAUAUCAACAUUUAUUCUCAUUGGCGUUCUCUUCAUCCCAAUUGGACUCGCUUCUUUGUCUGCAUCUGGCAAUGUGGUUGAAAUAGUUUAUAGAUAUGACAUAGACUGCAUCCCACAGCAGUCACAGGAUGACAAACUUGCAUUCAUCCAAAGCAGUGUGACUAACAAAACUUGCACAACAACUUUUAACGUGCCUAAAAAUAUGAAGGCUCCUGUUCAUAUUUACUAUGAGCUUGACAACUUCUAUCAGAAUCAUCGCAGGUAUGUUAAGAGCCGAAAUGAUAAGCAACUAAGAAGCAAGGCAUAUGAGCUAGAGACAACUAAUUGUGCACCUGAAGCCACAACUCCCGAUGGGUCUCCUAUUGUUCCAUGUGGACUCAUUGCUUGGAGCUUGUUCAAUGACACAUACUCAUUUGCAACACAAAGCAAAGUCAUCGAGGUGAACAAGAAAAACAUCGCCUGGCAAAGUGACAAAGAUCACAAAUUUGGCAGUGAUGUCUACCCUAAAAACUUCCAGCAGGGAGGUCUCAUAGGAGGUGCCAAGCUCAAUGAAAGCAUACCUUUGAGCGAGCAAGAAGAUCUCAUUGUUUGGAUGAGGACAGCUGCCUUGCCACAGUUUAGAAAACUCUAUGGGAGAAUUGAGAGAGACCUCGCAGCCAAUGAACAAAUCUCAGUGACAAUAGAGAACAACUACAACACUUACAGUUUUGAAGGGGAGAAGAGGUUGGUACUUUCUACUACCUCAUGGAUAGGUGGGAAGAAUGGUUUCCUUGGUGUUGCAUAUCUUACAAUUGGCAGCCUCUGCAUAUUUCUUGCGGUAGCCUUCAUAGUUCUUUAUCUGCUCAAGCCCAGGACCCUUGGAGAUCCAUCGUACUUAUCUUGGAACAGAAACCCCGAUGGACAUUAGUGGAACUUUAAGCUCAAGUUGGAUUCAGAAGUUGGUAAAGUUACACAUCCGCAGUUGCUCUAAAUCAUGUGCAAACGGUUUUCUUUGUGAAUUCUGUAAUCUGUAACUUCAAUGGAGCCCAAAGGAAAUACAAUGUUAGAUCUCUGUGCAAAUUGAACAGUCACUUCUUGUGGAAAUGUUCUGGAUCGCCUAGUAAACUUGAUUUUUCAGGCUCAAGGGAGUGCAACAAAGCACAAGCAUUCCUGCAUUUUGCCUUUUUGUAAGGGAAGAAUAUUAUCAUCAAUAAAUUUGUACUCCUACGGUUUGCAGUAA